UCCAAAGGACAACCCAAGCAGCUAUGGUGCUGCGCUGAUGUCCAAAGGACAACGCAGAGCAGCUAUGCCGCUGCUGACUUGGUCCGCUAUGCCUGACUCUGCCUCGAGCUUCCCUGGUGCCGCACUACCCCAACUGGGGCCUUCCAGAUGCAGCGCCCAACAAGGUGAUGAAGAUGGUGUCUACCAUAGCCAGGUCAGCACAGAGACGGUGAGAGUUAGCCUUGAUGGGCAUGAUCUGGAAGUCUGUGUGGAUGCUGCGAUGGACAAAGGCAACUCCCCAAAGACGAUUGGUUGGCUGAUGGAGGAAACUGUUAGGCUUGCAACUUUCAACUUUGCCAACGGCACGUGCAACCGGAGACCUGUGUUGCGAGGAAUGCGGCUCAGAGGGAUCAUGCUGAAAUCAUCACAAAUUGUGGAGGAGGCACUGCAGGGGGCCGGGCGUGAUGAGCCUCUGGAGGCUGUGGUUGAAGGGUGGGAGAGACUUCCUAUUGCCGAUCGAUAUGUUGCCCGCUGCAUGGAGCAAAAUGUCCCACUUAACCAAACGCUGUUGGAGAAGCUGAAGAGAACUGAGGGAUCAGAAGAAGAAGUAAAUGUGUCACAAUGCAGGUUAACAGACACAGAGGUGCGACCUCUGCUGUCAGCGUUAGCUGCGUCUGAAGAGUUGACGAUGUUGGAUCUCUCAGACAACAAGCUGGGGAGUAAGACAGUCAAUGGAAUUUUGGAAAUCGUCAGAGCUUCCAAGGAGACCGAUCUCGGGCUCGUCCUCGACCUUCGUAAUAAUCAGAUUGGACCUAGUGCGCUUUUGGAGAUCUGUCGCUGCUCUGUGACACUCACACGAUUGGAGUCCCUUGACAUUUCAGGCAAUCGUCUAACAGACGCCGCAUCGAGACAAAUUGCCUCACUUCUGAAAUCAAGCAAGGUGCUGGUGCAUCUAUGUCUUGAAGGCUGUGCUCUUACAACACGCUCUAUUCAGAGCAUUGCUUCAGCCCUGCAGAGCGAUUCACCGCUUUCCAAGCUUGCCAUAGGCAAGAACAAUCCAGUUUCUGGACGCGCAAUGAAAGUCCUCCUCGAGAAGCUGUGUCUGAUGCCAAGUUUUACCGAGCUUGAUAUUCAUGGGAUUGAGCUGGAUGACGUGGCUGCCGAAGCUGUGGGCUUAUUACUGUGCUCCUCACCGAACCUCAUUUCACUGCAAAUGAGUUCGACAGAUCUACAAGAUAGUGGAGCAAUUGCAAUAAGCGACAUAGUCUCCAACAAAGACGUUCGCCUCUCCAGGCUUGAGGUUGCAAGCUGCGGCAUUGGCCCCGUGUCUGCUGCCAAGUUCUGCCGGCAGCUUGCUGCUGUCGGCGGACUCUCCUACCUGGACAUUAGUCGCAACCACGUUGGAAUCCAGGGUGCGGACAUUCUAGCGAUGGCAGUUGUGCGAGCGGGAAGCCGGCUGAAACAGCUUGAAAUGGCAGGGUGUGGUCUGGGCUGUGACGGAGUCAUCCGCAUCUUGCAGGCAGCUGCAGGGAGCAAAGUUCUGGCGGUACUCAACUUGUCGGCGAAUUUCAGCUUUUCCAAGGCAGUGCCAUCAGAUAUCAAAGCUCAGAGAAGCAAUGAGAUAGGCAUGGAGAAGGCCAAUAAUCACGAUGGAUGUGAUGGAACCGUCUGUGACGAGAAUGACAUUGUCCCCGACAGUGACGAUGAUGUGGAAACACCAGCAGCAUGUUUCAGCUCCGCUGGCAUUGGAAGAGCGCGUCCAUCUGUGGCGGAAGCUGCAACUCUGAAUGACACCAAUGAUGGUACCUCAUUGCCAUUAAGCGGCAAAGAGAAGACGGUGAACGACGAUGCUGAUCAAAAACAGAAAAUGAAGGCGGUACCAGCAACAAGUCAAAACAUAGGUCAGGCGUCUAGCAGCCUUCGGAAAAACGACACUACUAAUUGUGGCGCAGAGGAAGAAGGGCAUGUGGGUAUACCAGAAACAGGUAUGCAUAGGACGGGAGACGAGCUGUCAGUGAUGUCGGUGCCCGAUGCCAACCGGACCAUGGCGGACGAUAGAUCACAUGCAAAAGAGCUGAACGCGAUGGGUGAGAAUGUUGCUGAGCAAGCAGACGGUGGUGCUGCUAUUUUGAAUGAAGACAUGCCGCCAGUGGCUGCUAACGGUCCUCACAAUGGUAUGGAUGUUCCUACGAGUGGUAAGAGGUCUGCUUGUCCACCUCCUGCUGCUGCUGCGAACUCCAGCCUUGGUCGCAAGAGUGGUCACAGUUCUGGCAGCGAUUGCAUUGGUGAUGGUAAAGGGACGUUCUUGGACGUUAUUAUAGAACUUAUUGUGGCAGCUAGCUCGCUCCAGAAGCUGAAUCUCAGUGGCAAUAGUCUGCCGGUGGAAGCUUUUGAAAAGAUCCGUGUUGCAUGGGCCCGAGGUCGGCGUGAGUGGCGAAAUGCAAGGCACACGGAGUGUUCUGCAGAUCAAGCGGCCUCUAGUAAGGAGAAUGCUGAUGGGGUCAACACGGAUUUGUGUGUUCUUGAAUGAAUGGGACUCUCUCUCUCUCUCUCUCUCUCUCUCUCUCUCUCUCUCUCUCUCUCUCUCUCUCUCUCUCUCUCUC